UGGGCUAGGUUAUUUCAAAAUUGUUCUUUAAUAGUGAUAUAAAUGAUUUACACCUAUUUCUGAUAUAAUCACCAUGAUCAUGCAAGUACAAGGCAUUUGACCUGUAAAUCUGACCUUCACCUUUGACACAAAGGUCAGACUCUUCUUUGUCAGCACGUGACCAUCUGACAUAGGAAUUAUUACCUUGUGCUACCUUGUUUCUUUUUGUACAGCAUUGUUUAAGACACAUCAAAUUCGUUUUUUUUGGUGGUUUUUUUUUCAUCUUGCAGUAUGACAUUGAGCAUGAUAUAACAGAUCAAUUAUGCCAAAUAUCCUAUUGUCAUUUGAUGCCUUACAGAGUUACUGACUGGACAAAGGAAGGAUGCACAGACGGAUGGGCAAAUAUCGAGGGAACCAGCAACAGAAACCAAAGUAUAAACAAAAGAUGGAUGUCAGUGAAGAGUUUGCAAAUUUGUCUAGCCACGAAAGUGGAGUUUUCUGUGAAAUUUGUCUGGAAUUUAAUGGAGAGCAUACAGAUGUUUAUGGAUUUUGUACUAACUGCAAAGAGUACUUGUGUAAAAACUGUUGUGAUUAUCAUUGUAAACCUAAGCCAUCAAGGGAUCACAAGUUGGUUUAUAAAGCUGACAUGCCAGAGCUUGAUGAUGCUGUUAAGACUCAGUCACUAUCUGGAUUCCACUGCCCAAGAAUGUGUGAAACUCAUCCGGACAUGCCAGCCUUCCUAAAGUGUGACAAUCAUAAGAAACAAAUUUGUACAUUAUGUGCAUCAAUCAUGCACAUGUCAUGCAAAACACAGGAAAUUCAAAACACCGAGACAAGAUUUCUCAGUAAAUUAAAACUGGAAAGAACAUUCACAGACAUUGAUGAAGUGAUAACAACAAGCAAUGGAAAUAUAGAAGCUGCUAAACUUCUAUCUGCAAAAAAUGAACAACAGACAUUUGAAGCUAUAGACGGUGUGGAGAAACUAACUGAAAUGUUACACAGGGAAAUAGACUCGGCUAUGAAAAAGUUCAUACUCAAAAUAAACGACUACCAUAAAGAAAAUAAAGCAAUGAUUGACGCAGUGAAAGAUACAAACGAGAAAGCAAACCAAAAAGCUUCGCAGCUGAAGAAACAUUUACAAACAUUUGUUGAAGAAGAACGCUACAGUCACUUGUAUUGUGGAGUCCAAAAUUCCACUGAGAUUAUCAAUACAUUACAAGUGACAACCAAAACUGUAGAAACUGAAAGCAAAUAUAAAGAAAUACUAUGCCGAGUAGAUAAAAGAUUGUAUGAAAUCACUGAAAAUCCUGAACUUUUUGUACUUGUUUCAGGGCAGAAAGAAGCACAGAACUUUCCAAUGUAUAGGGAGCUUUCCGUUCCAUCAGAGUAUGUAGAGGGAAGAAUUCCAGGCCAAGUUUACGAGGAGCUAGUUCCAAAGAGGAAUAACACCGGCUCAUAUGAUUAUGUUUACACAUUUUUACCUCAACAACGGAAAUCAUGAACUAUUUCAUUUUUUGAAAAGGAGCAAUAAUGGUGCAAAUGACCAUGUUUACACAUGUAUACCUCAUCACCAGAAAUCAUAAUACUGCAGCAAAUGACUUUGUUUACAAAUUUAUGCCGCCUCAACAGAAAUCAUAAACACACUUUUAAUAAGAGGAAUCAUAUUGGAGAUAUGACUAUAUUUACAUACACAAUGGAAAUCACAAACAAACCUUGUAGUGAAUAAUAUGGGUGCAUAUGAAUAUGUCUACACAUCAGGGCUCGUGAAAUUUUGAAAACUCAAAUGUUCCAAAGUGAAAUCAUGACCACCCACCGUAUUAUAUAUAUAUAUACUAUAUUUGUAAGACGUGAUAGAGCAAAGAUUUUAAUACGUCAUGCAUCAAAAAUGAUUUACCAGUCAACGUCAUUUAGUGUCAUAUGUGAUCAUUACUUUGUUUAAAUUUUGAUGUUUUUCCGAGAAAAUACUUGCAAAAAUAAAACUGUCGAGGCAUUGUUUUCUU